AGUGUUACUUUAGUGGUGAUAGCUCGCCCGUCACGUCUCUCUAUCUAUCUAUUUUUCCUUCCUUCGUCAGAACAUGGCGACGGAGGUUGGCCCCGACGAGAGCGUGGUGAACGGCUUCAUAGUCACGCCGGCAACGCCCAAGUCGGAGUGGACCAUUCAAGACUUCGAGCUUCUCCACAAGCUCGGCGGCGGCAACUACGGCGACGUCUACCUGGCCUCGGUUCGCAAGAGCAACUACGUCGUGGCGAUUAAGAAGCUGUCCAUCAAGAAGCUGGCGGAGUUCGACAUAGCUAAUCAGCUGCGACGCGAGAUCGAAAUUGCCUUCAACACCCGUCACAAGUACCUCCUCCGCACCUACUGCUACUUCUACGACGAGCACGACAUCUAUCUCGUGUUAGAGCCUUGCAGCAACGGUAUGCUGUACAGUGAGCUGAAUCGCGUGAAGCUGUUCCCACCACCGACGGCAGCGCGCUACGUGGCGCAGCUGGCCGAGGCGCUGCUGUACCUCCACCAGCAUCACAUCCUGCACCGCGACAUCAAGCCCGAGAACAUCCUACUUGAUCACAACCAGAACAUUAAACUCGCUGACUUUGGCUGGUCGGUGCACGACCCACUGAACCGCCGCAAGACAUCGUGCGGUACGCCGGAGUACUUCCCUCCCGAGAUUGUGAGUCGGCAGACGUACGACAACAGCGCAGACCUAUGGUGCCUCGGCAUCUUCUGCUUCGAGUUGCUGGUUGGACACACCCCCUUCGUGGCGAAGGACAACGACCAGAUCUACAAGAAGAUUCACGCCAUGCAGUACACCAUGCCAGACACCAUCCCACCCGAGGCGAAGGAUCUUAUCGCAAACCUGCUGGUGCGCGACGGCUCGAAGCGGAUGGCGCUGCACCGCGUCUUGAACCAUCCCUUCUUAUUGAAGUACUACUACACGCCGAACAACCUUACCCCGCCCACUGGCAAGCGACCCCGCAGUUAA